AUGGAAUCAAUUGAGAUUAUAACUGAGGAAUCGGACUUGGUUACACUUCCUAAAUAUCGAAUAAGGCACUUACGAGUGGUAUCUCAGGUCUGCAAAAUAGCGAAACACUGGACCCAUUUAACGAACAAAAAUCGUAAUCUCAAUAUAGAACUUGGAGCGAUUUCAAAAUUCACCUCCGAGAAGGAAAUAACAAGUAUCGAUAUCGAAUUAUCCGAACACAUAAUUUUUGUUCAGGAACAAUGUCACGAAAGCUUUGAAAAUAUACAAAAGCGUUUUUCGGACAAGAAAUUAAUAAGAGAUGAAAGUGGGGUUGUAGAAGAAACCAAUGAGAAACUGCCUACAGAGUUCAAAACAAGCGAACCGUCACAAAAGAUUGCACCAAAAACCAGGCAAAUUCUUCCUAGAGCAUCGAAGACACGUGCUCAUGACUUUUUUCGAAACAUGGACAGUGAUUCAAACCAUGCAUAUGGCGCGAUAUCCAGAUCUUCGUCCUUGAUAUUCCUGACAGUAUUGUGCUCAAUGAUGAGCCCAGCCAUAGCGGUCAAUAACUCUACUAUAAUAUCUUGCUCGAACGGAGUAGUUAGUGUGCCGCCAUUGAAGGGCUGGUUCGAGUUAUGCAUCGAUAACGAUUGUCAAUCGAUGAACAAUACAACACGUUAUGUCAAAUACUUACUACCCAUAUCUCCAACUGAAAAAGGAGCUGAAGUGCGCCUGCGCACUCUCAGCAGUGAUGGGGUACAAGAACAACAAUGGCUCUGCGACAGACCAAAGUUCUGCGAACAUCAAUAUUUCCUCUCAAAAAGUUUAUUAGGAAACCCCCAUUGCUGGCCAGCUGGAGCCAUCGCCUCCUCAGCUGUGCUAAUUUAUAUCAUAAUAGCAGUGAUCAUGGGCGCAAUAUGGAUUACCCUAAAGUCUCCUGAAAUAGCUGGCAAACCAGAAAGGAAUGAACCCGAAAUUCCAACAGCACCAGUCUGCAGUUUCGAAUUGACACCACUUCCUACACUACUCGUUUGUGUACCCUAA